GUAUCAAUAACACACUAAACAAUUGGGUUCUCAGAUCCUAAGAAAUUGAUCUCCAUGCAUAGUGUAAUAUGGCUUCACUCAUAUCAUAAACAUGCUUAGUUAGACACAAAUGAUAAACGAUUUUAAAGCUUCAAGUGCAAAAACAGUCAAACAAAAGCUUGGGACACCGGGAAAUAGAGAUGGUUGCGCCCGGCAAGACUUCAUUCAUCACACCGGGAAGAUGUCAUGGCUCCAGAUGCGUGAAAGGCUUGUGUAUCGCAGUAGCAGCCACUGUACUUAUCAACUGGAUGUUUCUGGGCCAAUCAGGGAACGCAAAACCAGGGAUAGCUCAGCUCAAUAAGAGGACGAUUAACAUAGGGUAUGAUGGAGACGCACAAUCGGGAAACUUGAAUCUGGAAAGAACUAGUUUAAAAGGAAGUAAUCUGAGACAAAGCGACGAUCCCAGUGUGGGUUUUGGCAAAGACUUUUCAUCACUGGAAAAUACAGCAAAAGAAAUCAGCGCUAGAAGCAUUGUUGAUAAGUUGCUUCAAGUUAAGAAAAUCUACCAAAAAGAUAAAUAUAUAUAUCUCAAGUUUAAAAUCAAAGAUACUGAUAGUCAAGAUGCGAACGAGGAACAAAAAGAGGAAAUCGCGGGAGGAAUUCUAAAGAUAGAAAAUUAUAGGAACAAUAUAGGGGGAGGCAGAGCAAUCAGAAAGUACAAUCAUUUUGAUACCAAGGGCCUUAACGAGAACAGAGAAACGGUCAGUGUAAAGGUUGAUGCCAAAAUAGACGUCAAAGGGUAUGAAAGUGCAGCUUUAGAGAAGAAGAAGAUGAAAGUCAUGGAUUACGAAAGGUACAAGAAAGUUGAUGCCAAGAUUGAUGUUAAGGAUAAUGAAGAGACCCUUAUAGAAAAGGUUGAUGCCAAGGGUAAUGGUAACGAAAAUGAACAGAUGAAAACAGAACAGGGUGACGCGGGAAUUGAUGAUAAUGAUGAAGGAGAGAAGAAAACAGCAAAGGUUGAUGCCAAGAGUAAUGAUAACGAAAAUAAACAGAUGAACAGAGAUCAGGGUGACGGGAAUAUUGAUGAUGAAGAUGAUGGAAAGAAGAAAACAGCAAAGGUUGACGCCAAUGGCGACGAGUACAAAAUCGAUGAGGCGAUUAAAAACACUGCUAGCGCUAAAAUUGACGUAACCGAAAACGAAGAGAUGGGUGUUGCCAAGGGUGACGGCAUCGGAGAUGAAGAUAACAACGAAGAAGAUGAGGAUGAAGACAGGAAAAAAGAGGAGGUCGAGAGAAAGAUUUUAUCACGAGCGACGUGCCCUAAUAACAGUCUAUCUCAGGAAGGCUUGCCACCGUAUGGCAAGUGUACACCACACAGGCCAACCCUUGAGGCCUGUAAGACGGCCUAUCAAUUCUACAACCUGGAAAUACCUUCACUUACAUGUAAUGAUCCUCACAAAGCCGAUAUUUGUAGCGUGACUGUAACACGGGAAAAGAAGCAGAUUGAAGCGCGCUGCAAUGAUCACCUUUGUGAUCAAGACACUAUCAGGACUCGAAGUAUGAACCCGAUGAAUGGUGAACACGAUGCCAUCGAAACCUUUUCGACGAUUAAAACACUGGCGGCUGCACUCCCACGAAUCCUGAAACAAAACGCUCUUAACAAGUUUCACUAUGUGUUUAUCGAAUGCAACAGAACUAGCGAGGUGAUUCGUCAACUAUUACCAGUCAGCCCUGUUUUGACGAUACAGAAACAUGAGAAUGCUCGACCCAAGAACACUUUAAAUGUGAAUGUUAUUUUAAUCGAUUCAGUGGCCAGAGCGCACUUUUACAGAUCUCUCCCCGAGACAAUUAACCUCUUUAAGAAUUGGUCCCGAAGUGAGGACGCACCCGCUCAGGUGUUUGACUUCGAGUUAUUCCAAGCCGUUGAAGGCCACACCGCGGAAAACACGCAUGCGCUAUUCACAGGAAAACUUUUCCCAAUAACCGAAGACCGUGAUGCAGUGCGCUCAGUCGAAAUGGGAAAGCUGUUUCGUCAUUUCCGGCGCGCUGGCUACCAGACGAUGUGGCAAGAAGACCUGUGCUGGAAGGGUUACUGGGGGCUGCUGGUGGACAUGGCGAAGGGCUAUGAUUGGAACGUACUGGCGGAUGCACUGGAGAAGGAGGGCAUUGAUCACACAGGUAUAACUCACUCUGCCUGCGAGGUGUUGAGGAUGUACAACACUAACACGCCCUUCAACGGCCCCCAAGAGGGACAAAUCUGCUACAAUGGCCGGUUCCAGCACUCGUAUUACCUGGACUACAAUUUACACUCCUUCCGUGCAAUAAGACAGUCGCGCUCAGCUAAACCUCUGUUAUCUUACAACAUCUUUAAUGUCGGACACGACAACAUGGGGACCCGUAUAAAGACGUUUGACCGUGACCUGAGGGAGUACGUUGAUCUGAUCGGCCGAGAGAAGGACACCAUCACGAUUCUAUUGGCUGACCACGGUAACACGUACACGCGUUAUACUUCAGCGAUAGCGGAGGGGAGGUUCGAGAUGUUUCAUCCGAGCUUGUUCGUGAUUGUACCGAGCAACGUGGCGACUAUAUUAGGCAAGGAGGCGGUAGCCGCGUUACGGACCAAUCAGAGGAGACUUACCACCAUGAUUGACAUACAUCAUGCGCUAAGGGCACUUGCAGGGCCCAUAACUAACGGUGUCCGGCCAGACGGAAUAUUUGGACAGAUUCCGGACAGGACGUGUAACGAUGUUGAAUUAAGGACUCCUAAUCUAUGUGUCUGUGAGGGGUGGGAUAGUCCUACAACAAAUGACACCUUGAAACUUGCCCUGGUCGAGUUUGCAAUCGGGCAGCUCAACAAUAAGAUACAACAACAGUUUGUGGGCGCGAAUGGCGAAUCAGCAGUUGCAGUGACGCGCGCAUGUGCAAAGUUAAAGGCUUUGAGUUUCUACAACGUACGGGAGCGUAAUUCGAACGGAUCCAUGUUGACUACCAUGGAAAUCGCAGUGCCUUCUGGAGAUUUCGUUUCUCAGAAAGAAGACGUUUUUCAAGUGGAAGUCAAGUCUAGACUGAGUCUGGAGACGGAUUCCCUCGAUAUGGAGCUCGUUCACUACGAGAGGGUGUCAAUGUUCGGGAAAUACAAAUCAUGCGCUGAUAAAGGCGUCAACCCAAAACUGUGCGUGUGCUCCAAACACAAGAAGGCGUUAACUUCUAAAAGAGACCUUAGAGCAGAAGUGCUGAACGUCUGGUGGCCUUUAGGGAAAGUCUACUAUAAACAAUUAAAAAGCAUUGGUUGCUUGUUUCUAGCAAAAAGAGUACACGGCAAGAGUGACGCUAUAGGGUAUGACAUAGCAAACGUAUGCAAACGAAGGACAUACACGGUACGGGUGGUGUAUACUGAGGCUAAUAACAUAAAGAUGUCACACAAGUCACCUGUCACGGUAGUAGUGCCCGCCGGUGGCGUGACAUUCGUUUUUUCCGCUAGAAAACACUAUUAUUAUAUGGAGGGAAGGGUGAGGUUGAAGGCUAGCGUCAUCUAUUAAAUAUUAUUUAUUCAGAUAUUCAUGCCCAAUUCGAAAUAAAAAGACAAAUGGUUACCUACACAUUAAGUACGAGAUAUUGAUUCAUAUCAAUCAAUGGCUGUCUAUUUUAUAAACGGUCUAAAAGAGCCUGAAGCGAGCGCGCGAGAGACCUGUGAUAUUCUUAAAUGUUAGGGACUAGGCUCCAAAUCCAAGUUGGCUGCCAGCAAAAUCGUAGUAAACACGAAUUCCUGCAAGUUUACGUGGAAAAUCUCGACUUUCAAAGCUCCCGAUAUGUUAUGUAAUGUCUAAUAAGUAAAUCACCGAGCGAGCUAGAAAAACGACAGUUUUUAAAACAAGAUUAAGUGAUAUGAUCCAUUUCUUCCCUAUUCACCUUCCCCACAUCUUCACAUCAUCCACAACUCGAUUGGUGCCGUUUCGCAACAUGGCGUCCUUCGCCACCGCACGGUCACUUCGGCACUCCGGUGCUCCGCUGAACGUGAUAACACACCUAUUAAGAUGCUACCUGGUAUUCAGUAGGGAAGAGGUGAAUAUCUGCUGCAGCACUUGUGGUAGCAGCUUAGUGUCCAGGCACUGGAAGGCGUGGCCAGAUGGUAGAUUUUUUACCAACCUAGAGAAAUGAUCAAAA